GAGCGAGGGAGCGAGGGAGGGAGUGAAGGAGGUAGAGAAGAGCGGAGGAGAGGGGAGGGAGUGCAGCUUGGUUGCUCCGUAGUACGGCGGCUCGCGAGGGAGAAUCCCGAGCGGGCUCCGGGACGUACGGAGAGGCAGGCGGGCGGGCGGGCGGGGAUGGUGUGCAGGGCUGCGGCUCCUGCGUUCCCUUCCGCUGCGAGUGAGCUGCACUGAUUUGUCCCUGGGGCGGCAGCGUGGACCCGCCUGGAGAUGAGGCGUCCAUUAGCAAGGUGAAAGUAGCAGAACCAUGGCUCAGUUUCCAACACCUUUUGGUGGUAGCCUGGAUAUUUGGGCCAUAACUGUAGAGGAAAGAGCAAAGCAUGAUCAACAGUUCCAUAGUUUAAAGCCAAUAUCUGGAUUUAUUACUGGUGAUCAAGCUAGAAACUUUUUUUUUCAAUCUGGGUUACCUCAACCUGUUUUAGCACAGAUAUGGGCGCUCGCUGAUAUGAAUAAUGAUGGAAGAAUGGAUCAAGUGGAGUUUUCCAUAGCUAUGAAACUCAUCAAACUGAAGUUACAAGGAUAUCAGCUCCCCUCCGCACUUCCCCCUGUCAUGAAACAGCAGCCAGUUGCUAUUUCUAGUGCACCAGCGUUUGGCAUGGGAGGUAUCGCCAGCAUGCCAUCACUGACCGCUGUUGCUCCAGUGCCAAUGGGUUCCAUUCCCGUCGUCGGAAUGUCUCCCCCGCUAGUAUCCUCUGUUCCUGCGGCAGGAGUGCCUCCUCUGGCUAACGGGACGCCCCCUGUCAUACAGCCUCUGCCUGCAUUCGCUCAUCCUGCCACAUUGCCAAAGAGUUCUUCCUUUAGUAGAUCUGGUCCAGGGUCACAGUUAAACACUAAAUUACAGAAGGCACAAUCAUUUGACGUGGCUAGCGUUCCUCCCGCAGCUGAAUGGGCUGUUCCUCAGCCAUCCAGACUGAAAUACAGACAGUUAUUCAACAGUCAUGACAAAACCAUGAGUGGACACCUAACAGGUCCCCAAGCCAGAACUAUUCUUAUGCAGUCAAGUUUACCACAGGCUCAGCUGGCUUCAAUAUGGAAUCUUUCUGACAUUGAUCAAGAUGGAAAACUCACAGCAGAAGAAUUUAUCCUGGCUAUGCACCUAAUUGAUGUAGCUAUGUCUGGCCAACCACUGCCACCGGUCCUGCCCCCAGAAUACAUUCCACCUUCCUUUAGAAGAGUUCGAUCUGGCAGUGGUAUAUCUGUCAUAAGCUCAACUUCAGUAGAUCAGAGGUUACCAGAGGAACCAGCUUUAGAAGAUGAACAGCAACAACUAGAAAAGAAAUUACCUGUAACCUUUGAAGAUAAGAAGCGUGAGAACUUUGAACGUGGCAAUCUGGAGCUGGAGAAACGGAGACAAGCGCUCUUGGAGCAGCAGCGCAAAGAACAAGAGCGCCUCGCCCAGCUGGAGAGGGCGGAGCAGGAGAGGAAGGAGCGGGAGCGCCAGGAGCAGGAGCGCAAGAGACAACUGGAGCUGGAGAAGCAGCUGGAAAAGCAGCGGGAGCUAGAACGGCAGAGAGAGGAGGAGCGGAGGAAGGAAAUCGAGAGGCGAGAGGCUGCAAAACGGGAGCUUGAAAGGCAACGACAGCUUGAGUGGGAACGGAAUCGAAGACAAGAACUAUUAAAUCAAAGAAACAAAGAACAAGAGGACAUAGUUGUGCUGAAAGCAAAGAAAAAGACUUUGGAAUUUGAAUUAGAAGCUCUAAAUGAUAAGAAGCAUCAACUAGAAGGAAAACUUCAAGAUAUCAGGUGUCGAUUGACAACCCAAAGGCAAGAAAUUGAGAGCACAAACAAAUCUAGAGAGUUGAGAAUUGCUGAAAUCACCCACCUGCAGCAACAAUUACAGGAGUCUCAGCAAAUGCUUGGAAGACUUAUUCCAGAAAAACAGAUACUCAAUGACCAAUUAAAACAAGUUCAGCAGAACAGUUUGCACAGAGAUUCGCUUCUUACACUCAAAAGAGCCUUAGAAGCAAAAGAACUAGCUCGGCAGCAGCUACGAGACCAACUGGAUGAAGUGGAGAAAGAAACUAGAUCAAAACUACAGGAGAUUGAUAUUUUCAAUAAUCAACUGAAGGAACUAAGAGAAAUACAUAAUAAGCAGCAGCUACAGAAACAGAAGUCCAUAGAGGCUGAACGACUGAAACAGAAAGAACAAGAGCGAAAGAUCAUAGAAUUAGAAAAACAAAAAGGAGAAGCCCAAAGACGAGCUCAGGAAAGGGACCAGCAGUGGCUGGAGCACGUGCAACAAGAAGAUGAGCAUCAGCGGCCAAGAAAACCCCACGAGGAGGAAAAACUCAAAAGGGAAGAGAGUGUCAAAAAGAAGGACAGUGAGGAAAAGGGCAAACAGGAAAUGCAAGACAAGCUGAGUCGGCUUUUCCUUCAACAGGAGCCAGCUAAGCCAGUUGUCCAAGCACCCUGGUCCACUGCAGAAAAAGGCCCACUUAGCAUUUCUGCACAGGAGAAUGUAAAAGUGGUGUAUUACCGAGCACUCUAUCCCUUCGAGUCCAGAAGUCACGAUGAAAUCACGAUCCAGCCAGGAGAUAUAGUCAUGGUGGAUGAAAGCCAAACUGGAGAACCGGGUUGGCUUGGAGGAGAAUUAAAAGGAAAGACAGGAUGGUUCCCUGCAAACUACGCAGAGAAAAUCCCAGAAAACGAGGUUCCUGCCCCAGUCAAACCAGUGACUGAUGCUGCCUCCACCCCUGCACCCAAACUGGCUGUACGUGAGACCCCUGCUCCUUCCACGGUGACCACCGCAGAGCCCUCCACGACCCCCAACAACUGGGCCGACUUCAGCUCCACGUGGCCCAGCAGCACGAAUGAGAAACCGGAAACGGACAACUGGGAUGCGUGGGCAGCCCAGCCCUCACUCACCGUUCCGAGCGCCGGGCAGUUGAGACAGAGGUCCGCCUUCACUCCAGCCACAGCCACGGGCUCCUCUCCAUCUCCUGUUUUAGGCCAGGGCGAAAAGGUGGAGGGGCUGCAAGCGCAGGCCCUGUAUCCUUGGAGAGCCAAGAAAGACAACCAUUUAAAUUUUAACAAAAAUGAUGUCAUCACCGUCCUGGAGCAGCAAGACAUGUGGUGGUUCGGAGAAGUUCAAGGCCAGAAGGGUUGGUUCCCCAAGUCCUACGUGAAACUCAUUUCAGGGCCCAUAAGGAAAUCUACGAGCAUGGAUUCUGGUUCUUCAGAAAGUCCUGCUAGUCUAAAGAGAGUAGCUUCCCCAGCAGCCAAGCCGGCCGUGUCAGGAGAAGAGUUUAUUGCCAUGUACACUUACGAGAGUUCUGAGCAAGGCGAUUUAACCUUUCAGCAAGGGGAUGUGAUUUUGGUUACCAAGAAAGAUGGUGACUGGUGGACAGGAACAGUGGGCGACAAGUCCGGAGUCUUCCCUUCUAACUAUGUGAGGCUUAAAGAUUCAGAGGGCUCUGGAACUGCUGGGAAAACAGGGAGUUUAGGAAAAAAACCUGAAAUUGCCCAGGUCAUUGCUUCCUACAGUGCUACUGGUCCUGAGCAGCUCACCCUGGCCCCUGGUCAGCUGAUUUUGAUCCGAAAAAAGAACCCAGGUGGAUGGUGGGAAGGAGAGCUGCAAGCACGUGGGAAAAAGCGCCAGAUAGGCUGGUUCCCUGCUAACUAUGUCAAACUUUUAAGCCCUGGGACGAGCAAAAUCACUCCAACAGAGCCACCUAAGCCCGCAGCAUUCCCAGCAGUGUGCCAGGUGAUCGGGAUGUAUGACUACACCGCACAGAAUGACGACGAGCUGGCCUUCAACAAGGGCCAGAUCAUCAACGUCCUCAACAAGGAGGACCCCGACUGGUGGAAAGGAGAAGCCCACGGGCAAGUGGGGCUCUUCCCGUCCAAUUACGUGAAGCUGACCACAGACAUGGACCCCAGCCAGCAAUGGUGUUCGGACUUACACCUCUUGGAUAUGUUGACCCCAACUGAGAGAAAGCGACAGGGAUACAUCCACGAGCUCAUCGUCACGGAGGAGAGCUAUGUGAGUGACCUGCAGCUGGUCACAGAGAUCUUUCAGAAACCCCUGACGGAGUCCGAGCUGCUGACAGAAAAAGAGGGUGCUAUGAUUUUUGUUAACUGGAAGGAGCUGAUUAUGUGUAAUAUCAAACUACUGAAAGCGCUGAGAGUUCGCAAGAAGAUGUCUGGGGAGAAGAUGCCUGUGAAGAUGAUCGGGGAUAUCCUGACAGCCCAGCUGCCACACAUGCAACCCUACAUCCGCUUCUGCAGCUGCCAGCUCAAUGGGGCUGCCUUGAUCCAGCAGAAGACAGAUGAGGCCCCCGACUUCAAGGAGUUUGUCAAAAGACUGGCCAUGGACCCUCGCUGUAAGGGAAUGCCACUCUCUAGUUUUAUACUGAAGCCUAUGCAACGGGUAACGAGAUAUCCACUGAUCAUUAAAAAUAUCCUGGAAAACACUCCUGAAAACCACCCAGACCACAGCCACUUGAAGCACGCCCUGGAGAAGGCAGAGGAGCUGUGCUCCCAGGUGAAUGAAGGGGUGCGGGAGAAGGAGAACUCGGACCGGCUGGAGUGGAUCCAGGCCCAUGUGCAGUGUGAAGGCCUGUCUGAGCAACUUGUGUUUAAUUCAGUGACCAAUUGCUUGGGACCACGCAAGUUUCUGCACAGUGGGAAACUCUACAAGGCCAAGAGCAACAAGGAGCUGUAUGGCUUCCUCUUCAACGACUUCCUUCUGCUGACCCAAAUCAUAAAGCCCCUGGGCUCUUCGGGCACCGACAAAGUCUUCAGCCCCAAAUCAAACCUGCAGUAUAAAAUGUACAAAACCCCUAUUUUCCUAAAUGAGGUUCUAGUAAAAUUACCCACCGACCCUUCCGGGGAUGAACCCAUCUUCCACAUUUCCCACAUCGACCGAGUCUACACCCUCCGAGCAGAAAGCAUAAAUGAAAGGACUGCCUGGGUGCAGAAAAUCAAAGCUGCUUCUGAACUCUACCUAGAGACGGAGAAGAAGAAACGGGAGAAGGCGUACCUGGUCCGUUCCCAAAGGGCCACAGGCAUUGGAAGGUUGAUGGUGAACGUGGUGGAGGGCAUUGAACUGAAACCCUGUCGCUCACACGGAAAGAGUAACCCGUACUGCGAGGUGACCAUGGGCUCCCAGUGUCACAUCACCAAGACAAUCCAGGACACUCUGAAUCCCAAGUGGAAUUCCAACUGCCAGUUCUUCAUCAAAGACCUGGAGCAGGAGGUCCUCUGCAUCACCGUGUUUGAGAGGGACCAGUUCUCUCCAGACGAUUUUUUGGGUCGGACGGAGAUCCGCGUGGCUGACAUCAAGAAGGACCAGGGUUCCAAGGGUCCAGUUACAAAGUGUCUCCUGCUGCAUGAAGUUCCCACGGGAGAGAUCGUGGUCCGCUUGGACCUGCAGUUGUUUGAUGAGCCUUAGGAAGCCGGCCCAGGGUGUGCUCGGCCGAGUUCCAGCCUGAGGCAGCAGAUGCUGUCUGGAAGUGGUGUUGCUUUUCGAGGACCCCACCGUUUGGUGUUCAGCCACAGGGCAACAGGACAGCAAAGACAGGACCCUCAAAGCUUCUGGGAAUACUUCUUGACAAUCCUUCCCCCUAAACAAUUUCCCAUUUUGUGAAGCAAAACUGUGUUUUCCUUUGUUUUCACUGCAGGGCUCAUCAUGGCUUCCAGGGUCUUUGGAAUCCCAUCGCCUCCAGCUACGUUCGGUUGGGAGUCUGGCCCAUCCCUGGGCCUGAGGCUUGGGUCUG